GAAAAUUACUCAGAUGCUCCUAUGACCCCAAAACAGAUUCUGCAGGUCAUAGAGGCUGAAGGACUAAAGGAAAUGAGUGGCACAUCCCCCCUGGCCUGCCUCAAUGCCAUGCUCCACUCCAAUUCCCGGGGAGGGGAUGGGCUCUUCUACAAACUGCCUGGACGCAUCAGCCUUUUCACACUCAAGAAAGAUGCCUUGCAGUGGUCCCGGAACCUGUCAGUGCCAGAAGGGGAGGAGCUGGAGGACACAGCAGAUGCAGAAAGCUGUGGGUCCAAUGAAGCCAGCACUGUGAGUGGUGACAAUGAUGUGUCUCUUGAUGAAACCUCCUCAAAUGCCUCAUGUUCCACUGAAUCUCAGAGUAAGGGACCUGCUACCAGGGAGAGCUACAGAACUGCCUCCCAGGCAACCAAACAGAAGAAGAAGACAGGUGUGAUGCUGCCACGGGUGGUGUUAACCCCACUGAAAGUAAAUGGGGCACACAUGGAAUCUGCCUCAGGCUUCACAGGAAGGCAUGCUGAUGGGGAGAGCAGCAGCACGUCCAGCAGCAGCAGCAGCUCCCUGGCCCUGUGCAAAGCCAGUCUGCGCAGCAGGACAGAGAUAAACAGGGAUCCUCCACAGCUGCUGAGGGGCAUCCGAAAGCCCACAGCAGGGCAGAUGAAACGGAACAGGGGUGAGGACAUUGACUUUGAAACCCCUGGCUCCAUCCUCGUCAACACCAACCUGCGAGCACUGAUCAACUCCAGGACCUUCAACGCGCUCCCAUCACACUUCCAGCAGCAGCUGCUUUACCUCCUGCCCGAAGUCGACAGACAGGUGGGGGCUGACGGGCUGAUGCGCCUCAGCGGCAGCGCUCUGAACAACGAGUUCUUCACCCAUGCCGCGCAGAGCUGGAGGGAGCGACUCGCUGAUGGUGAAUUCACCCAUGAGAUGCAAGUUCGAAUUCGGCAGGAGAUGGAGAAGGAAAAGAGAGUGGAGCAAUGGAAGGAGAAGUUCUUUGAGGACUACUAUGGACAAAAGUUGGGCUUGACCCAAGAAGAAUCCCAGGAGCAGAAUUCAGUGCAGGAAGAUGCUGAGAACAGGACAGAGCUGUCUGUUAAAGGAGAAGGGAGGCUCCCACGUGGGCCCACCACGCGGCAGAGGGACGGACGCUUCCGGAAACGCUCCCGGGCCGACCUGCGGUGCCGGGCCAGGAGGAACCUGUACAGACUGCGGGAGGCUGAGCACACGGAGGCUCCCAAAGAACCUGCUCCCGUGGGGACAGAUUCCUCCCUGCACAAAGAGCCAAAGCCUGAGACAGACCUGAAGAAGGACGACCUGACCAGCUCUUCGGCUGCAGGACUGAAGGCAGAGAGUUCCGAGCUGCACCUCUCUCCGGAGACUUCCAAAUCACACAGCAAAUUGGAAGAUCAGUCAUUGGCAGCUGCAAACAGAAUUCCCAGUUUGCCCCAGGAGAACUCUGCUCAGGAGUCCAAGGAGCAGAAGAGGAAAAGCUUUGAGGAGGCUGCCUCUGCCUCCUUCCCCGAAAAGAAGCCCCGGCUUGAAGAUCGUCAGUCCUUUCGUAACACAAUUGAAAGUGUUCACCCAGAAAAGCCACAGCCUACUAAAGAGGAGCCCAAAGUCCCACCCAUCCGGAUUCAACUUUCACGUAUUAAACCACCCUGGGUGGUUAAAGGUCAGCCCACUUACCAGAUCUGCCCCCGGAUCAUCCCCAGCACGGAGCCCUCCGGCCGGGGCCGGCCCGGGGCCCGGACCCUCGCAGACAUUAAGGCCCGUGCUCUGCAAGCCCGAGCCCAGCGCGAAGCCACCGCCGCCAUCGGAGGAGGGGGUGGCCCCGGAGGGGGGAGAAGCACCGAUGAAGGAGGCGGUGGAGGAGAAUCCAGCAGCCGUUCCCAGCACAGGAGAUCCAAGAGAGCUUAUGGAAAACGUGCGUCAGAUCUACAACGAGCACAACUACAGUCGUCUGUUCAUCUGAGCAGAGGGAGGGCUGGUUCCAAGGAGUCCAACAUGGAUUCCUGCUUCUCCUCCAGACGAGACCUGUCUGCCUCAAAGAGUGAGGGGAGCAGCAUUCCAGGCUGCGCUGCAGAGGACACUCAGCCCAGUGAUGAGUCACUGAGGAGGUCGUUCCGUGACGCUCUGACUGGGUCAUCCUUGGACAAUGCGACUCCUGAGAGGCAGGAGGAGAGCCCUGAGCAGCUCCUCUGUGACCCAAGGACCGAACCCCCACCUUGUGCUGCGUCACAGGAGAGGCAAAGCACAAAGCUGGGAUGUGUGGUUCCUGCAGUGACCAGUCUGUCAUGCUCUGGGGGGCAGGGGGUCAGCCCUGUGGGAGACGGGGCUGUGGCGGAACUCAGAGAUGUUGGUGCUCCUGCUGUACAGCUGGAUUAUCCUGAUGUAAAGGAAAAUUCCUCCAGUUGUCCUGUACCACCAGAGUUGUCAUUGGGCAGUACGGAACGCCACGAGUCAGAGAUGGUGUCUAGGUUUAGAUUUAACAGCUCUGAGACUUUUAUGGAAAAGUGUGUUGCUGAUAGUAAUAACUUCAAAACGGUGACUGCUGGAGCGAAGAAAGUGAUCCCUGCAGCGUGUGAUGCUGCACAGCUGCAGGCAGGGAAAGGCAGUGAGGGCAAACUGAGCAGUGAUGAACGAAAUGGAGAGGCUCUCGUGCAGCCCUCUGCGUGUGGUGAUUUUAUUUCUCAGACUAGGAUAGAUACCUCUGGAAAACUCCUGCAGCUGAGGGAGAGAUGCCCCAGAACAGAACCAGAAAAUGCACAUCAGCCCCUGGGAGAGACACAGGAGUUGAAGACAAGUGGAGAUGAGGAAAUACAGAGUACACACAGUGAAACAACAGACACUGCUUCCGACUGCGAAGGGGACGUGGCUGAUGAGAAUCUGGAGGUGGAGAUGUGUUUCAGAAGUGUUGGCUGUAGGGAGGUGACUGGGAAAGGCUCCUCCUCUCACAGCAGCAAUGAGAGGUGCAAUGGGAUUAGGUCAAAAUCAUCUGUGGAGACAGACAAUCCAGCCUGUGUUGUGGACUUCUCUGCACCCCCAGCUCAGAGGUGGGCACCCCCUGUGCCGCUGCCACAGAAAGCUGAACGGCUCUCUGGCUCUGCUCGCUCCGUGUCCUCUGUUGAGACCAACAACCCUUUGGUGAUGCAGCUGCUGAAGGGGAAGCUUCCACUGGAAGAAGUUCUCCCAGGGACUCACGUCAACAUCAAGCUGGAAAUUGCACCGCCAGCGCCGGAGAAGCAGUCGGAAAGCCUCUCCCUGCAGUUGGAUAGAGGCAGCAGUCAGUAUUUUGGCAAAGAAUCUUCUCCAGUUGUAGGAUUAAAGACAAGUGCCCAAAGCAGGAACGAUGACAUCCACUCAGUGAGAUCUUCUGUAGAUCCCCAGGAAAAGACAUGUGGAUCAGGGGCAGCAGAGGGUGCAGAGGAUCAGACUGUUUCAGAAAAACAUUCCAAAGGUGGCUCGACUCUAAGCUGCCAAGACCAACUGGCAGAUGUGGCAAGUGCCUCUCCAAAGCCUGAAGAUGUGGGCCCUCAGGAAAGAACAUUUUCUUCCUGUAGCUUUGAGGAGCAGGAGUUGCCCAAGGUCCACUGGGUGCCACAGCACAACCCGUUAGCGAGUGUCAUGGCAAGUAAAAGCCCAGAGAAGCUGAACUCUUCUGCAGAGCCUCGGUUUUUAUCUCCAGCUGUAACUUCUCUUGGACCAAACCAGACAGGAGGUGCAUCGGUCAAUAAAAAUUAUGUUGGAGUUCAAGGCAAAAAGCUCUUUGGUUCUGGUUUUCCUUCCAACCCCAGUGUGAGGCUGCAUCACUCCAGGGCUUUGGAUCAUGGUUCAGCCAUGGGAACCUUGUCCCCCAGCAAACCGAUUCCCUCAGACAAGGGCUGUGCACUGGGAGAAGGAAUCCCAGCUGCCAGGGAGGAAUGGACUUCAAAGCAGCACACCAGCACUCCGGGAGGGAUCCGAAAUGAGAACGUGCUUGUGUGUGGCAGCUCAGCCAAGAGUAAUGCAGAGAACCAGAGGGAUGCAGCCCAGCACGCCGCGGAGCUGGCUGGGCACGCGCAGAGCGAGCCGCAGGUCAUGGACUGGCCCUUCUUCAAGUUUUCCAGGGAUCCGGGAAAAGGACAGAGUCACCCUUUGGAGCCUUCGUCCAUCCCCUCUCAGCUCAAUAUCAAGCAGGCAUUUUAUGGGAAGCUUUCAAAGCUGCAGCUUAAUUCCACCAGCUUUAAUUAUUCAUCCAACACUCCGGCUUUCCCCCGAGGCCUUGCUGGGAGCGUGGUGCAGCUCACCCACAAAGCGAACUUUGCCGCGAGCCGGAACACGGCCCUGGCAGUGCAGAUGUUUGCUGACAGCAGCAGUGUCGAGGAGAUCUCGUUCCAGUGCUCCUGCAGCCUGAAAGCCAUGAUCAUGUGCAAAGGCUGCGGCGCCUUCUGCCACGACGAGUGUAUAGGACCCUCUAAGCUCUGUGUAUUGUGCCUUGUGGUGAGAUAA